AUGGGUCUCAUCCUGAGCAUAUUGACCGAUAGCGUCUCUGGUCAAAACGGGUGGCCGGCACCGGAGACGAUGAAAGGAACCGUCCCAAACAACCCGACCGCGCAGACGUUGGACCCGACUUUGAUUCGACGCGCGUCUGAUAAGAAGCUAUUCUUGUAUACCACGGGCAAGAACGGCAGCGUCUGGACGGCAGGUUCCUUAUACGGUCCUUGGAAGCACGAAGGAAGCGCGGAACUCCGCGAAUACGGCGGCGCUCCUUCGAUCCAUCAGAUCGACGACACGUACUACCUCUAUAUCAACAACCACGAAUUCGACUACUCUACCGUCGGCGUCACGGAUCCCGAGAUCCACCAGUGGAGUCACAACUCUAGCAUCCUCGCAGCUUCGUCCAAGACGCUCGAGAUAGGGAGCUGGACGCAGCACGGCCGCCUCGACAUCGACUGGGCGAAGAGAUACAACAUCCUCGACGCGGCGCUCCUCACCAUCGACGACGGCGGGAAGCGUCAAAAUCUCCUCUCCUUCGGCUCGUACCAGCAAGGCAUAUUCCAGCUCCCGCUCGCGGAUCCGCCUACCAAGAUCGCCGACGGCGCGAACGGGGAUAUCCAGCAGCUAGCCAACAACCAGACCAAAGCCUUCGCGACCGGUCCCACCGAGGCUAGCUACAUCUUCAAAUGGGAGGACUGGUAUUACCUGUUUUUCUCGUCGGGCCGAUGCUGCAAGCAGCCCAACGGCAGCUGGGUCGACAGGGGCGACGUGUACAAGGUCAUGGUGUGCCGUUCCAAGCAGCCUCGUACCGGUUACGUCGACGAUAAGGGUGUCGACUGCGCGAAGGACAGCGGCGGCAAGGAAAUCCUCGGCACUCACGACAAUAUAUGGGCUCCCGGUGGGCAGGGCGUUCUUGCUGACGACGAAGCCGGGGGUCCGAUCAUCUACUACCAUUACGUGCCGUACGAUGUCAAAACGAAGACUCCCGCUAACGAGUUCCGGUUUGGUUGGAAUAAGCUCGACUUCAGCUCUGGAUGGCCUAAAGUGAUUUGA